AUGGCUCCAGACAUUAACAUGAUGGCCGAUUGGUCAACCGAUGGGUAUGCGAACAAUGGGGUUCCUCGCAAAGAAUAUGAAAUUCCCGAUAUUGUUCUGCACGGACCAUACACAAGAAAAAUCAGAGUGUUGUCUAUUGGCGCUGGCGUCACGGGGAUUAUGAAUGCCUACCACAUUCAAAAGUUUCUGCAAAAUGUUGAACAUGUGAUUUACGAAAAGAAUCCAGACAUUGGUGGCACUUGGUUGGAGAAUAGGUAUCCUGGUUGUGCCUGCGACAUUCCCAGCCAUGCCUAUACUUAUCCCUUUGCAUUGAAUCCGGACUGGCCCCGUUUCUUCUCAUACUCGCCUGAUAUCUGGAAGUACUUGGAUAAAGUGUGCGAAGUAUGGGGAUUGAGGGAGUAUAUGACUUUUAACACCGAGGUUAUCGGAUGCUACUGGCAACAACAAACCGGAGAAUGGCUCGUGAAGCUGAAGCAGACUGACCCCCAAAGUGGCAGUACUCGUAUCUUUGAAGAUCGCUGCCAUAUGCUCCUUCACGGUACAGGAAUUCUGAAUAACUUCAAGUGGCCUAAUAUUGAGGGCAUGGAGAAAUUCAAAGGAAGGAUGAUGCACACCGCAUGUUGGCCCCAAGACUAUCAAGCUGAGGAAUGGAAGAAAGAUCGUGUGGCAGUUAUUGGGUCUGGAGCCUCCAGUAUUCAGACAGUCCCGACGAUGCAACCCCAUGCAAAGCAUAUCGACAUUUUCGUCCGAACAGGUGUUUGGUUCGUCCAAAUUGCCAACAACUUCGGCGCGAAUCACGAAUAUACUCCUGAGCAAAAACAGGAAUUCCGCGAUCCCUACAAGAUCGUGGAGCAUGCCAAAUCCAUCGAAGACCAAGUCAAUGGAUUGUGGGGUAUGUUUUACAAGAAUGCGAAGGCACAGUCUGAAGGGCAGGUUGCCUUAAAGGCUCGCACGGCUGAGGUUAUCAAGGAUGAGAGAUUGCUCAAAGGCUUCACUCCGACAUUCGGUAUUGGUUGCCGAAGAGUCACACCAGGAGAUCCAUAUAUGGAAGCCAUUCAGAAGCCCAAUGUGGACGUCCACUUUACCCCCGUGGAGAAGAUCGACGAAACUGGAGUGAUUGGGGCCGAUGGAAUCCACCGUGAGGUUGAUACAAUUGUGUGCGCAACAGGUUUCGACGUCUCCUAUCGUCCCCGCUUCCCAAUUAUCGGCCAAAAUGGAGUCGACCUGGCCGAUAAAUGGAAGAUUUGCCCUGAAGGGUAUCUAGGCCUUGCAAUCCCGGAGUUCCCUAAUUUUCUCACUUUCAUCGGUCCGAAUUGGCCUGUGGAGAACGGCAGUGUCAUGGGGCCUCUCGUGCAAGUCUCGUAUUACGCCAUGCAAAUGAUCAAGAAACUUCAGAGCGAGUAUAUCUGCAGCAUCGCCCCGAGGCAAGAUGUGACUGACGCAUUCAACGAACAUUGCCAAGAGUGGAUAAGACACACGGUAUGGGUUGAAGAGUGUCGGUCCUGGUACAAGAAUAACGAAACUGGCCGUGUCAAUGCUGUUUGGCCUGGCUCGUCUCUCCACUACAUAGAAGCAAUCAGGACCCCCAGGUACGAAGAUUUCGAGAUCGAAUAUCUUGGACCAGCCAAACAAAACAUGUGGGCAUUCUUGGGCAUGGGAACUGUUCAAGCACUGGUGAACAAAGAAGAUGUCUCGCCAUAUCUGAAUGUUGAGAAUAUUGAUCCUGCUUGGAUGAAUGCUAUGGGAAUGGAUGUUGAGAAGGUACAUGAGACUAAGAUGAACCAUCUCAAAGCACAGCUUGAAAAGCAGGAAUAG